CUUUCUUAGCAGCAAACCAUCUGUCUCUGACUAUCUAACUACGCUCAUCAUGGCCGACUCAAACCCCCGACUGCGUUAUGCAGACGUAGCCGUAACCUACACGGCGGAUCAAUUCCAAGGCAUCUACCGGGGCAAGCAAUACCACGCGCCGGACUUCGACCAAGUGCUGAAGCGCGCGCAAGCCCACAACUGCGAGAAGAUCAUGCUGACGACUAUGAAUUUGGCGGGGGCGCACGCCAACCUGGAAGUGGUGCAAGCACACCCGGCAAUGUGCACGAUGACGCUGGGCGUACACCCCUACCACGCCGACGAGCUCUUCACCACCGCCACAACCGAGCAACCCCUAACCCCCAACCAAGACUACCUAACCACCCUAACGACCCUCGCACAAACCCUCCUCGCGCAAACACCCAGCCCACUAGUCGCCUUCGGCGAAAUCGGACUAGACUACAGCUACCUCGACCGCGCCAACAAAGCCACCCAACAAGCAGCCUUCAGUCUACAGCUGGAGCUCGCCGCGACACAGUUCCCACAACUGCCGUUUUUCCUGCACGUACGUGAGUCUUGCGACGACGUCAUCCGACUAAUUGAACCGUAUCUGCCCCGGCUGCCUAAGGGUGGACUCGUGCAUUCGUUCACCGGUACGCGGGAUGAGAUGCAGCGGCUGGUGGAUCUCGGGCUCGGGAUCAGUGUCAACGGGGUUAGUUUCCGCACGGACGAGGGAUUGGAGAUGGUUAGGGCGAUUCCGUUGGAUCGGUUGCAGUUGGAGACGGAUGCGCCGUGGUGUGAGGUGCUUGAGGGGGAUGAGCGCGUUAAAAAGUAUUUGGUGGGUGCCACGGAGUUGCCUGCUUCGCGGAAGCAUGGGCGGUUUGUGGCUGGGUUGAUGGUUAAGGGGAGGAAUGAGAGUUGUGCUAUUGAGAGGGUUGCCAGGGUUGUUGCUGGGGUUAAGGGUCUGGGUCUUGAGGUUGUUGCUCGGGCGGCGUGGAGGAAUAGUGUUGCCAUGUUUGGGUUGGGGGUUGAGGAGGGCGGUGUGGAGGGGGAGUAG